UAUGGUAUGUCAUUUAUCAUAGACUGUAGAAAGGGUAUUAAUCCCUAACCAAGUAAUAAGAUAAGCCAUAUACAUGUCAAAGUUCAUAAAGGAAACAAAUCGUUAAUAUUCAUAAACACUUCCAUUGCAACAUGAGUGGCUUUUUCUAAUGACAGUGCUAGAGACAAUGAAAGAUUUAAGCAAGUUUUUAGUGUUACUUACUGUUAUGCAAUAUGCAUGGAGUGAUGAUGACAGUGAUUAUUUGAAAAGAGGAAAAUCGCGAUUUAUAUUUACAUCUCCGAAAACACUAAUAGCUGGACAAAAUGAAACAGUUUGUCUCUCCUUACAUGAUACAAUCCCGCCUCCAGAAGUUAAGGUAGAAAUAAAAAUUAGAGAAAAACAUCACUCAACCACACACUUGAUGUCUUCAGAUCACGAAUGUUUCCCUAUCGCAGUUCCUAAACUCCGAUCGCACGUCAAAGUUGCUCAAUUUGCAAGUUUGCACAUGCAGUUUCACGCAAAUGGAAAAUUGCAUUCCGGUCAUACACAAGAACCAGUACUGAUCUAUCCUGGCUACAAUAUAAUCUUCAUAGAAACGGACAAAAAUAUCUACAAGGCAAAUGAUAAGGUCAAAAUACGAAUUUUGGUUUUGACACCGGAUCUGAAGGCACCCAUUAAACAUGCUAUACCAGUUAUUAAAAUUUUAAAUCCCAAUGGAAUCACAGUCACGAUUUGGGAAAAUAUUCCAACGGAAUUGGGUCUGGUACAACUUGAGCACCAACUGCCACCAGAUGUUACAAAAGGAAAAUGGAUGAUUGAUUUAAUAGAAACAUCAAAAACGUUUGAGGUCAGUAACUAUGUUUUACCACGAUUUUCAAUAAAUUUGAAAACUCCACAAAAAAUUUACUCGGGAGCACACAGAGUGAAAUUUAAUUUAUGUGGAAAGUACUUCUAUGGAGAAAGUGUCAAAGGAAUAGGAAUGGUUAGAAUCACAAUGAACGAAAACCGUCAGACGAUCAACAAAGCUAAACAGUUGCGUAAUGGAUGCUCACGUAUUGAAUUUUCCAAUGAGGAACUAAACUUGAAACAAUAUAUCAACACAGACAUAAAUGUAAUAGCAACAAUAACAGAGAAGGGUUCGGAUCGAUCGGAAACCAUAACUUCUAGUAUUACAAUUACUAACCAUCCGUUUAAGUUGAAGUUUAUCGAUACCCAUAGGCACUUUCAACCCGGACUGCCAUACUAUGGACUAAUUAGAGCAGUAGAAAAUUUUGUUCCACUCAGUGGUGAAACCAUUGUAGUUUGUUACAAUGUUGCAGUAGAAAAAAUUUGGAACAUUGUGGACAUUAAACAGUGCUCGAAUUUUACUUUUGGCAGAGACAAUACCAUUUCUUUUAACAUACUUCCUGUAAAAGAUAAUAUCAUUCAAAUACGGUUAUAUGCCAAAUCAUUAAACCAUACUCUGCAGCUAGAGUGGAAAAGAGAACAGAAAUACCCAGACGCUUUACGUAAAGAAAUUAACGCCUACCUUACACUUAACCGUUGGCAUUCUCACAGUGGAAGUUACAUUCGAAUAGAUCAGACGCACCGAGGAAUCGCAAAAUGCAAAGAACUGCAACAAUUUACAAUUCACUAUGCCAUACCUAAGUUACGUAAUCACGAACGAAUCGAUUUUCAUUAUAUGAUCAAAGCACGUAACAACAUUCACAGAAUUGGUACAAUAAAUGGUGUUAUACACAAACACCGUUUAUUUAAUUUCACAGAGCUGGCAAAUGUAGUUGGUAGCACACACAGGUAUACCAAGAGAGAAGCCUCUUCUAGCAAGUUUCUGCUAAAAUUUAAAAUGGACAUAAAUAUUAUUGCCAGGUAUGAAGUAAUUAUAUACCACGUUUUGAAAAAUGGCGAAGUAGUUGCUGCAAACUUGGAGGUCCCAAUCCAUAAUUGCCUAAUGAACAAGGUAGAAACCUCAUUUUCGAGCCGUCAGUAUUAUCCAGGCGAAAAAGCAUCAUUUACCAUAAAAACUUCUCCACAAUCGUUGUGCGCAGUUACUGCAAUUGAUAAAGCAGUUGCGGUCGCUCAGAAUACACAGUUGGGCAUUAAGGCACUUUUAGAAUCGUUUUUAGUUGAACACGCACCAAAACAUUCGAAUAAGUUAAAUUGCCUACCUCGCUCUCAGAAGAAAUCAGCAGUAAUUGCGGCAGAAGAAAGUCCACGAAAAAGGAGUAAAAGGGAUUAUGGAAUGAGUUCAUCAAAUCAGUUUGAUACAUUUGAAGCCUUUGAUAGUUUUGGAGUUGUCGUUAUAACCAACAUGAAAAUAAUUAUGAAACCGUGUUUACAAGAUGGCCCACUAAUGAUUCAUGAACCGGCAGAAAGCAGUAACCUACCCGAUUCGAGGGCUGCCGAGUUUUUGUCAAAUUCUAUGCCAGAGUCGUACUACAACAUCAAUGCGGAUAGCUAUGGAAGUCAUUUAAGAUCAUUCUUUCCGGAGACUUGGUUGUGGGAGUUGGUUCCCAUUGGACAACAUCACACUAAAAUUUCUAGAGACUUACCACACACAAUAACAAAUUGGGUAACCAACACAUUGUGUAUUUCACAAAAAUUAGGGGUUGGAAUAAGUCGACCUACUGAGAUAACUGUAUUUUUACCGUUCUUCGUUGAAGUGGUGUCGCCACCUUCCAUUAAACGUUAUGAGUAUUUACAUUUAGAUGUAAUACUAUACAAUUACUUAAAUCAUAGCCUACCUGUGCGAGUUACGUUGGGAUUUUCAGAUGGAUUGAUUAUGCCAGAAGGCACUGAAAAACGCAGCCAAGUUCACUGUAUUUCAGCUAGAGAAAGCAAAACGGUGCUGUUUACACUGCAAGGACUUAUAUUUGGCAAAUCGAGUAUAAACGUAAUGGCGGAAAUCGAAUCGUCCUACCCUGAGGAAUGUGGACCUGAAGUCAUCAUAAAUAGAAGAGACAUGGUCGCAAAAGAAGUAGUUAUUGAAGCAGAAGGGCAUCCCGUGACCAUUACCAAGUCAGUUAUUCUAUGCACCAACGACACAACUCAAAUUAACAACAUCAGCUGGCCAUUGGAAUUACCGACAGAUAUGAUUGAAAAUUCCGCUAAAGCGAAGUUAGUUAUUAAUGGUGAUCUGUUAGGACCUACAAUUCAUAAUUUGGAAAAACUACUCGUUGUGCCAACUGGUUGCGGUGAACAAAUUAUGGCAACUCUAGCGCCCAACCUUUUCAUUUUACAAUAUUUGAAAGCAACAGGAAGUUUAACACCUUCACUGCAACAACGUGCCAGGCGUAAUCUUAAAAUUGGGUAUCAACGAAUUCUGGAUUACGUCCACAACGAUGGCUCAUUUUCGGCGUUCGGUUACCAUGACCAGUCUGGAUCGACGUUUUUAACAGCAUUUGUGGUUAAAGUCCUGCAACAAUCCAAAGAGUAUGUUUAUAUUGACCAAAACGUUAUUAAUAACGCAGUACGGUGGAUUAUCAAUAAUCAGCUUGAGAAUGGGUGUUUUGCGACAAUCUCGCAUGUUUUCCACGACAUGGGUGGUACGCUUACUGAGAACAGCACGGCGGCGUUGACGUCGUAUGUCAUUAUUAGUUUAUUGGAAUCGGGAAUUGAAUUAAGUGAAAAAGUGAAAACUAACGCAAAAUAUUGUAUAAGGGGCCACUUUUCCCCUGAUAAAUAUACUCUGGCAAUAAGUACCUAUGCAUUGUCUCUAAUUGGAUGGGAAAGUGAGGCCAAGCGUUGCUUGAGCAAGCUUCUGCAAGUAGCUACGCAACAAGACAAUUUGGUGUGGUGGAGUUCAUCAGGUGCAGCGUCCACAAACAUUGAAAUGACAGCCUACGUUUUAAUGUCCUUAGUGUACCAAAAUAGUACCGAAAACUUAAUUUACGCAAAUGCGGCCGUUCGUUGGUUAACGUCUCAACGCGGUGGACAUGGUGGAUUUAUAUCGACACAGGAUACAGUGGUCGCAUUAGAUGCAAUUACAAAGUAUGCACUACUGGUGCACAGCUCUACAACAGAUUUGCACGUAACUGUCGCACUUGGGCAGGAAGAAAACGAAAUAAUUAUCAAGUCUAAAGACCGAUUAAAGACUAAAGAACAAAUCGUCAAGAAGUUACCUAAUAAAGUCGAUGUAACAAUUGAGGGAAAAGGAUGUGUUCUGAUUCAGUCCAAUUUAGACUACAAUUUGGAAAGUGUCGCAAACAGCGAGGCAUUUAAAUUGGCUGUUGAUGUUGAUUCAGUUUCUAGCAGUGAUCAAUGUUCAAUGGCUGUAGUGUCCGCCUGUGUAUCUUAUGUAGGUAAUGCAAUACACUCAAACAUGGCGAUUUUGGAAAUCACGUUGCCGUCAGGAUAUGAACCUGACAGAGCAUCCCUAUUUCGAUUAGUUGAAGAGAAUCAGUCAAAAGUGAAAAAGUUUGAAGAGAGUAUUAACAGAGUCGUUUUAUAUUUUACUGAGAUCGAUAAUGAACCUAUUUGUGUUCCAUUUACGAUAGUGGAACAUUCAAGAAUUGGUUCGCGAAUGGAUGCCAAUGUGAAACUGUACGAUUACUACAAUCCUGACAUACAAGUGACAAUGAGAUACAAUGUUAGCACAUGUAUUCCCAAAGAAGUAGUCGCAAUCCCAACAUUAUCAGAUAGCAGAAUAAUGAUUGAUGAAACCAAAGAAGACAGUAGCGAAUUGAUAGAGAACAUCAUUGAGGUGAAUACUCAAAAGAGUGAAGAAAGUGACCUGGGCUUAAACCCGGAUUUUGUUGAUGUGGACAUUGAUUUAGCUGUUCCAGAUGGGUGGGAAGCAAAUGCACCGGUGUAUGUUAAACCACCCAAUGAGAACAUCAACGACUGAAGCAAUAUACUCGUUAUUUAUUAAAUAUUUAUGUAUCUAUUAAGUAAAUAUACAUAUGUUUUACCAUAUUUUAA